UUCCGGUGCGGGGAAGGUGCCGUUGCCAGCAGCCUCCCCGGAGGCACCGGCAGGCUCCUCUCCCUCCAUCCGCUCCCCUUUCCCGGCCAUGCGGCCGCUCUGAGCCAUGGGCGCCAGCGGCUCCAAGUCCCGGGGCCUCUGGCCCUUCGGCUCGGGCGGGCCGGGCGGCUCCGAGGGGCCGGGCGGAGACCAGGCUCUGGCCCGGGCGCGGGGACUCUGCUCGGCCACCCCCUUCGUCUUCACCCGCCGCGGCUCUAUGUAUUACGAUGAGGAUGGUGACCUUGCCCAUGAGUUUUAUGAGGAGACAAUAGUCACCAAAAAUGGGAGAAAGCGUGCCAAGCUGAAAAGAAUCCACAAGAACCUGAUACCUCAGGGCAUAGUGAAACUGGAGCACCCUCGGAUACACGUGGACUUCCCUGUUAUCAUCUGUGAGGUCUGAGCCAUGGAGGGCAGUGUGAACUGUCAGCGUGUGCUAUCAAGGCACCUUACUUGCCCAGUUUUACUGUACCUCACGUAAACCAAGCUAGGCAGCCACGUCUCCCUUCAGAGUGAUGGAUCAAGAGCACAGACGCAUGGUUAGCUUUGAAGCUUGUCUGCUAGGAUGAGGUGACAACGGCUACGGCACUGACGGCAUCAUGGGAUCGUAUAAUCAGGAAUAGCAUUGGCUAGGGAUGUGUGUUGGUAGGACCUGUGUCACGUGAGAUGUUUCGCCUUGUUUAGUGACCUGCUCAAAAAAAUCCCCCUUGCUGAAUUGAGUAAAAUCCUUUUAUCAGCCAUUUAUUGACAUUUAGGUGGCAACAGAUUUCAGGUGUCUUGAGACCACGGAGAACCGACCUGCACCUUUUUCUGACCAGGUGGCCUGCUUUCUGAGUUCCCCACCAGUAUUCUUUAAAUGCUGACAAUGAAGUUUCUGUUUAUAUGCUGUAUAUGAGAGUAAAGGUGAGCAGUAAGCGCCUUGUGCUUCUCCACCCCUUUCCUCAACGUAACAUAACUGAAUAAUCUAAUGCUGUGCUGUACUUGGAGGGGUGGAAGAUGAUAACAGAGCUGUACCUAACAGAGUUGUUCAAGGCAGGGUUCCCUAUUGAAACAGACUGAUGUGCAAGCCUUGCUCCCCCUCUCUCUAAUAUCUUCCUAGUGAGUUGCACUAUUUCCUUUGCAGGCAGUGUCUUUUUCAACUUCACUGCUUGGAAAAUUCCACUGACUUCUUCCUAUGCUGUGGCACAUCAGUAGAGGCUGUUGGCAGCAGCAGCAGCAGCAGCAGCAUCUGAGCUUGCAGUUUUCCUGUGGAGCCUUACCAAACAGGCCACCUCUUAGAAGGCGUUUGUCGACAGGUUCUGGUUUCAUUCCAAAGUAGACUUCCUUCUUGUGAAUCUGCAUCUUGUGACUGGGUUGUAUUCAACUAGCUUUUACAUGGGAGUAUUCCCAUUAAAAUUAAUAGACCAUGGUAAGUUGGUCAUGGUAAUUAAUUUCAGUGGGUCUACUCAGAGUAAAAGUGGAGAGUGCAAGGCAGAUUGCCAUUUCCCUCCCCACUCCAUUCUUACUGCUGACAUUUUCCUCUCUCUAUAUAUAUAUUAAAUCAGAAAUAGGUAUCACUGUCCUUUUAAUCCAUCUUAGGUUUUGCUGUUGGCACUAAGGCAACUUAUGUUGCUUUUAUCAAAAUGUUUACCAACCUGAUUGUAUGCUUCCCCUGCCCCUUUCCUCCAAAGGGAAAACAAACAAAAUAAUAAUGUACUGUGAUCUUCCUUUGACACUCUCCUCGACUCUUUGGAUUGGGCCAGGUAUUGCCUGAUAUGGGAGAAUGCAGCACACUUUAAAGGAGGGCGAUGUGUUUUGGGAGGGCUCUACCCUUUUCCCAAAUGUAUGAAUGUGAAACGUUUGGUUUGUAGGGCCACUUCCCAAACUUGACUUGAGUAUCACUGGUAGCUAUAUAUGCUGAAUUGGUACACCUGCCUCUCCUUCCCAAGUUUUUGCUUCUAAGAUUGAGAGCUACCUGCUGCUGAAAACUGAACAGGCAAAAAAAACCCUGUCAGAGGCACUCUUUAUCUUUUGAAGACGGUUUCAUA